UCUUCUGUGGAUGAAGAUAAAUUGGGCGCUAUCUGUGCGAAGUGAAACAGACGCAGGAGAACGAGACACGGAAAUAAAGCACCACAUCAUCAGCCAUUUUUCUUCUCCAGAAAUUCAUAAUGUAUAGCAGAGGAGGAGAUGGAAAACAGCGAGGAUUCGGAUUUACAGGUUUCGUAAUCUCCAAAAAAGAUGACCAACCUCCCAGCCAGUCAGGACUGGGAGGGAUGCCAAGUGGUGGAUCCAGCAUUAUGCCAGGUCGUUCAUUUGGAUACCACACAAACAUUGGCAAGAAAAGAGCAAGGAAUGAAGAUGAGUAUUUUGAUGAAGAGGAUGAUGAAGAUAAUAUGGCAUAUCAACCCGCCCCUGGGAGCCCUGGUGAAGAUCGAAAAGAGGACAGCGACGAGGAGGACCCGUUAGAUGCCUUCAUGGCAGACAUUGAGACAGAGGUCAAGUUACAACACCCAAAGGAGACAUCAAAGGAAAAGACUAAAGAAAAGAAAAAGGACAAAGGUGUUCGCGAUGAUAUUGACCAGGAGGAUGACCAGGAGUCGUUUUUCCGUUACAUGGAGGAGAACCCGAUGGCUGGAGUGGUGUUUGAUGACGAUGAAACGAUCAUAGAAUAUGAUGCUGAAGGAAAUCCCAUCAUCCCUGAGAAAAAUAAAAUUAUUGACCCCUUGCCACCAAUUGAUCACAGUGAUAUUGACUACAAACCGUUUGAGAAAAACUUCUAUCUGGAGCAUGAAGACAUUGCCAAACUACAACCAAAUGAAGUGGACGAACUGCGCAAAAAACUAAGCAUUAGGGUUUCCGGUUUCAAUCCUCCCAAACCAGUGUCCAGCUUUGCUCACUUUGGUUUUGACGAAAAUUUGAUGAGUGCCAUUAGAAAGUCGGAAUUUUCACAACCAACUCCCAUCCAGGCACAGGGUAUUCCAUUGGCCUUAAAUGGACGAGAUAUCAUAGGCAUAGCAAAAACUGGCAGUGGGAAAACAGCAGCUUUCCUGUGGCCAUUGUUAGUUCACAUUAUGGAUCAACGAGAGCUAGAAGAGGGGGAUGGGCCAAUAGGAUUAAUUCUGGCACCAACCAGAGAACUGUCUCAACAAAUUUAUCAAGAAGCUAAAAAGUUUGGUAAGAUCUAUAAUAUUAACGUGGUGUGUGCGUAUGGAGGGGGCAGUAUGUGGGAACAGACAAAGGCGUGUCAGGAAGGAGCUGAGAUCAUCGUGGCCACACCGGGUCGUCUCAUCGAUUUAGUGAAGAAGAAAGCCACCAGCUUAGAGAGAGUGACGUACCUUGUGUUUGAUGAAGCAGAUAGGAUGUUUGAUAUGGGAUUCGAACCGCAGGUCCGAUCCAUCGCUAAUCACGUACGGCCGGACAGACAAACGAUGUUGUUUAGUGCAACAUUCAAGAAAAGAGUAGAGAAGCUGGCACGAGACAUUUUGCUGGAUCCUAUCCGUGUUGUACAGGGAGAGGCAGGGGAGGCAAAUGAAGACAUUACACAGAUUGUGGAAAUGCUACCACUGGGACCUGCAAAAUGGACAUGGUUGAUUAAGCGUCUUGUAGAGUUCACAACAAUGGGAAGUGUGCUGAUAUUUGUGACACGGAAAGCUAAUGCGGAGGAAUUGGCGACAAACCUUAGAGCCAGAGAUUUUAAAAUGGGUCUUUUGCAUGGUGACAUGAGUCAGAUGGAGAGGAAUGAAGUCAUCACAACGUUUAAGAAGAAGGAGAUACCAAUACUAGUGGCAACAGACGUAGCAGCCCGUGGUCUCGAUAUCCCCUCCAUAAAGACCGUUGUAAAUUACGAUGUGGCUAGGGACAUAGACACCCACACACACAGGAUUGGACGAACUGGACGUGCUGGAGAGAAAGGGUUUGCUUACACCUUGUUGACAGAAAAAGAUAAAGACUUUGCUGGACAUCUUGUUCGAAAUCUGGAAGCAGCCGGCCAGCAUGUUCCACAUUCUCUUAUACAGCUAGCAGAAAAGAAUCCAUGGUUCAAGAAGAUCAGAGGGAAGCAGGGGGGAAGAGGGAAAAAACUAAAUCUCGGAGGCAAAGGUCUCGGAUUCAAGGAGAGACCAGGCUUGGGAGCAGAGAGUAGCACUAAAGUACAGGACUCUACGAGUCUAGGAAGUUUUAGAGGAAUAGGGUCAUCAGCUGGACCCCAGAGUGACCGCUUGGCCGCUAUGAAGGCUGCUUUCACUGCACAGUUUAAAUCCAAUUUUGUGGCAGAAGAAUCCAGCAGCAUGCCUAAAGUGGAGCCCGGAAUUUAUAACCCCAUAAACAGCAGCAGUCGAAAGAAAAAAAGCCGGUGGAAUUAGCGUGUUUUAAUAUCAGUGAUAAUAUUAGGUCCCUUUGAAUGCUGAUGAGACUUGGUUAUCUUCAGUACAUGAGAUCUCAGAGAACUAAACUCAGUGUACCCUCUGUGAUACGGCAUGCAUUUUUAUCAGAAUCGGUUCCCACUCAGUGUGACCCAUUUUCAGCAGAGGCAACGCAUAGAUCUGACGUUGGACAGUCAUAGCUUCUGAGACAAUUUAUAUACAAAAAUUCCUUCCUUUUGUUUUGGACUGAGAUUUUUAUAUUGAUGAACUAAUGAAGUUGGAAUUUAACAGCAGGAUAUCUAUCAUGUGUUUUGGGCUAUCAUUGUGUACCGUUGUAAUUGGAGUUUAGGACAUUUAAUCCUCCACCCUUGAAGAAAAAAAAAUCAAAUUUGAGUUAAUCAACAUUUCUGCAAAUUCCAAUAUCUACCAUUAUUACUUCCUAGUAAUUAGUAUGAAAUAUUGAAACUUUUCAGAUUUCCUUAUUCCUUUUCAGCCAAUUGAAAAAAAAAAUGCCAUGGCCGCCUGCAUAUUGCCAUCAUUAUUUUUAAGGAAUUCUCAGAGUAAAAUCUGAUGCAAUUGUAAAUGAUGUAAAUACUUAUUAUUUAGAAAUUCACAAUUGGUAUGAGAAUGCACCUUUUAGAGCAGUUGUUUUUGGUAUGUAUUUGAGGGUCAAUAGGUAUAUUAAAUGUACCUAUGGCUAUGUAAUGGAUGAAAGAAAAUAAAAAUAUUGAUUUAGAAUUUA